AUGCCUGCACCUUCUGUCAUACAACAUAAACUCGGAAAAGAUGGUCCUCUUGUGCCAGCCAUGGGAUUUGGCCUAUUGCCUUUAUCCAUAGCAUAUGGAUCGAUUCCAGAUGACGAGGAAAGAUUCAAAUUACUUGACAGAGCUGUUGAGAUAGGCUCCACAUUUUGGGACAGUGCUGAUCUUUAUGGAGACAGUGAGGCCUUGCUAGGCAAAUGGUUCAAGCGUACUGGCAAGCGUGAUCAGAUCUUUCUCUCCACCAAAUUUGGCUAUGUUAAAGGAGCUCAAUUGGGCAACAUCGACAGCUCUGCUGCAUAUGCCAAAUCUGCUUGCGCAGAAAGUCUUAAGAUACUUGGUAUUGACUCUAUCGAUUUGUACUGGCUUCACCGUCCAAACCGCGAAACUCCAAUUGAAGAGACUAUGCGGGCAAUGGUAGAAUUGAAAAAAGAAGGUAAAAUCAAGUACAUCGGAUUAUCCGAAGUAACCUCGACCACACUCCGCAGAGCACACAAGAUCCACCCAGUCUCUGCCAUUCAGAUGGAACACUCCCCGUUCACACUCGACAUCGAGGGUCCCGAAGGCACCGAUCUUCUUGCCACUUGUCGAGAGCUCGGCGUGGCUGUCAUCUGCUACUCCCCACUCAGUCGAGGUCUCCUCACAGAAACCUUCACCAAGAACGAACCUGUCACAGACGAAAAAGACUUACGCUGGGCUGCAUUCCCACGUUUCAACGAAAAUGUGCGCGACGCCAACGUCAAACUUGUCAAUGGAUUCAAGGCACUUGCUGAUAAGAGAGGUUGUACCACCUCCCAGCUGGCGCUUGCUUGGCUGCUUAAGCAGGGUGAUGAUAUUUUCCCGAUUCCGGGGACGAAGAGGAUUCAGUACUUGGAGGAGAACUGGGCUGCGCUUGAUGUCAAGCUUACUGAUGAGGAUGAGCUUGAGAUUCGGACCUUUGUUCAGAAUAACAAGAUUGCAGGUGGUCGGCUCCCUGAAAAGUAUAACAAGGGGCUUGUGGAUACGAAGGCAGAAAGCUAA